UUCGGGCAGAACCAAUGUCGGCCGAUACGGAGCGGCUUUGUUUGUAUAAAUCCAAGAGUCGUGGCCGUGUAAGUCAGUCAAACAAACUUAACAAUUUUUACUUUAUCCUCAAAGACGAAAUAUAGUUUUGUUGUAAGAAAUUUAUACUUUCCUCGAAAAUCUGUAUUAAUCCAGUUGGAAUAUCCUCAUUCGAAGAAAUGGCUGAGAAGAAAGACCACUGGUCCUCUGAGGCGUACCAGCACUCAGCCUCAUUCGUGCCAAAGCUCGCAACGAAAAUCGUGCAAUGGCUCGACCCGCAAAAGGACGACGUGAUCUUGGAUACCGGUUGCGGUGACGGCAUCGUCAACAUCCAAAUGCAAGAAAUCCUCGCCCAAGGCAGCGGCAGCAUCCACGGCACCGACUCCUCACCAGCCAUGAUCGAAGCAGCCAAACAGCAAGCCAUCAAAGCCGGUGCUUCGAAAUGCACCUUCGAAGUCGCCGACGCCCUCCAACUCGCACAAUUCCCACACCUACAAGACGGGCACUUCACGAAGCUCUUCUCAAACGCAGCCCUGCACUGGGUCCUCGGGUCCUGCAAGACCUCUCCCUCGACACAAACCUCCUUCUUCGCCUCAGCGCGCAACGCACUAACACCCGGCGGAGUCUUCGCCUUCGAAAUGGGCGGGCUGGGCAACGUAUCCGAGAUCCGGUCCGCGCUACUAUCCUCCGUAUCGCGGCACGUUCCGGGAGGGUUAGACGCCGCGGUAGCGGUCGACCCGUGGUUUUUCCCGGACGAGGCGUGGGUUACGAAGACGAUGGAGGAGGACGUCGGGGGGUGGAAGGUCGAGCGCGCGGAGCGGGAGUAUCGGCCUACGGUUGCGGAUGCGGGAGGGGUGGAGGGGUGGGUGCGGUUAUUCGGAGCACCGUUUUUUGAGGCGGUGGAGGAGGGUGAGAAGAGGGAGAAGUGUAUUAGGGAGGCGGUUGAUGUGCUGGAGGUCGUGUGUCGGAAUCCGAGUGGGGGAUUCCAUCUGGGGUACGUGAGGUUAAGGGUUUUAGCGAGGAAGUUGUGAAAGGGUGAUUGGGGGAACGCCUUCUGAGAUUAAUGAGAAAGAGGCGUUGAUUAGUGGCUUCGGAGUGCAUUAGCUUCUAGCGAUUCUAGCAGGUAG